UGUACGACUGUCAAAACGUGAAAAUUGGAUGUCAACAAAAACAUCCCAUAAAUACCAAAAUUUCUAUAAUUUUUAUGAUUUUGUGCAAUUUGUGUACCAUUUUCCGUCGGUAAUGUGUUUCCCUCAAUUGCUUAGGACCUAAGCUACUAGAAUUCGAAGGAGUUUUCCUGAAACCGGAGCCAAUAACAACGAAAAUACCGGAAAUGGCAGCCGGUGUGAAGUAUCUCCUCCAGUCGGAGGUAUUCGACGCCCUGGAGGAACGGAUUCUGUGCGUGUGCAAUGUAAGCAAGCUGUUAAAGAAAAAGAAAACCUCGUACCUGUGCAUUGUAGCCACGACGAAACCUCGGAUUGUGGUGUCCAUUUGCCAGGUCAAACAGUACGACAAGGGCGUCUGGAAAAAGAAGCGCUCCUGGACGCUGGAAGAGGUGAAGGGGGUGGAUGGCCGAAAUGAGUCACCCGAAACGCACGAGUUCGAUUUGGCACUGGAGAAGGUUUACCGUUGGUUUUCGGCCAAUCUGCACGAAAGGCAAAAUUUUAUCACGGUCUUGUGGAAGCAGAUACAAAAACACACAACGGUAGGAGAAUCCGGUCCGUUGUUCAAAAAUGUGCCGAAGGCUUGGCUCACGGAACGAUCCCCGGAAAAGGCGGUGGUGGAUGGCAAGUUUAGCACGGUUGGUUCCCGAGGAGCAGGCAAUGGAGGGAAUGAGGAAGAUGACGAUCUGGAUGAGGUGGAAAGUGAAGACUUUCAUGCCCUUACCGAAAAGGAGGAAACCAAUUUGAGUAAACUGAUUGGCGAAUGCGACUAUGCCAUCAGCAAUGCCGAAAUGUUUAUGGAACAGUUGGGGAAGAAUUUGCAGGAACUGGAUGGGGCCAACAUCCAGAGCGUGUUGGCUUCGGAAAAGCAGGUCGAAGCCCUGAUGGAACAAAUAGAAGCCGCAAUAACGGAAGCCGAGAAGGUCGAGAAGCGCCUGGAUGAUUACGACGAGAUCUUGUGUCACAUUCGCGAUACCAUGGAGAAAAUGGGCGAGAAAAACCAAAUGAUUGAAAUCGCUAACACAAACAACGUUAAGCUGCUGCAGGAAUUGGAGAAAGUCGUAACCCAGUUGGAUUUGCCCCACGUGCACCAGAUUGCGCUAACAGAUACCGAUUUGACUCCGAAAGGUUUACCAGCGGCCAUUGCUGCCGGUAAAGCGCUGCAGACGGCCAUGAACAGCGACAUUGACCCGGCCUUGCUUCGACUGACUGCUGUCCAGGAUCAACGCAAAAGAUUCGAAAAAUGGAAAGCAAAGUUCUCACAAACCGUUAGCCGACAUUUGAAUAAUUUGUUUAUCCAUUUGGGUAACUUGGGAGACUCACAAAGUCCUCAUUCGAACGAUUUAUCGCUUCCAAAGCACAAUUCAGUGCACAAAGAACUGUCUGCCUAUGCCGAACUAAUGCACUGGAUGAAGGCAAUGGAUCGAAAGGCUUAUGAUGCUUUGGUGAAAGUGUACACCAGCUCGUUGAGUAAAGUUUACGAUCGAGAUAUACGAAACUUUUUCGAUAUGGCCAAGCAAUCAAUAUCUGUUAAGCGAUUUGGUUCCAGGGAAGAUUUAAACAGCAGCUCGAUGAGCAAUAAGUUGAAAUUGGGCCAACAAAGUAGCAAACCUUCGCCUCAACCUUACGGAAUAAUUGGAAUCAAUCGGGAUCAAUGGGGACAAGGAGCGGAACCUUCCGAGCGCCAAAUGUUUGAUUCCAUUUUGGAAAAAGUCUUGGCUGAACUGGAACCGGUGGCAUUGAGCGAGCAGCACUUCUGUAUUGCCUUCUUCCAACUCGAUGUGAUCAGUCCGACGGGCAAAAAUACUCAGACAACGCUCGAGAUGGCUUCGAAUGUUCCAGAACGUGAUGAAAGGGACACGGCACUGGCGAUUCCCCAAAAACGCUUGGAUCGACAAAUUAACGAAGAAGUUCGACGAAUGAUGGGGGAGUUGUUCAGCAAUCUGGAACAGGAACUUAACAGCUUUAUUCUGAGUUAUGAAAAGUUGGACAGUUAUUAUUCCUUAUACGUUCUUGUUCGUCUCACGCAACACGUAAUGUCGGCUCAGGAUGCUCAAUCUUUUCUCAGUAUGACCUUUGCUUCGGCGCUAGUUCACGUUAAGCGAAAUUUCGACAAGUUUAUGAACCUCCAGCUGCAAUCGAUUCAAGAGGCCAAAGUUCCGAAACGGUCCAAGUGUGGUCUGCUGCCCUAUGUGGAAAAUUUCGAAGAGUUUGCUGUUACUGCCGAAGCAAUUUUCAAAAAAACCGAACGGCGAAACGAUCUGGACAAGUGGUACCUCAAACUGGUGUCUUCCAUCUUCGAGUACAUUCCGGCCCACGCUAUGGAACAUGCGAAAACUCCACAACAGGUGGUCAAGAUGGAAAACUACCAUCGAAUGCAUUCGCUAUUGUCGCAGCUCAAGGUGGGCGUGCUGGAACAGUUGAAGAAGGAUGCCAAAGUUAGGUACAACGAUGCGCUGAAGGCAUACGUCACCAAGUAUUUCGGAAGACCUUUGGAGAAGUUGAAUCAAUUCUUCGAGGGAGUUCAACAAAAAGUGCAACAAGGCGUGAAGGAAACCGAAAUCAGCUACCAGAUGGCGUACUCUAAGCAGGAACUACGAAAGGUUAUCGCUCAAUAUCCAGCCCGAGAGGUGAAGAAAGGUUUGGAACAGCUCUACAAAAAGGUCGAGAAGCAUUUGUGCGACGAGGAAAAUCUGCUGCAAGUGGUUUGGCGCGCCAUGCAGGAAGAAUUUAUCGCCCAGUACAAUUCGCUAGAGCUGUGGAUCCAACGAUGUUACGCCGGGGCAAUGAUUACGCUGGACUUUACGAUCAAAGACAUUUUGGACUUCUUCUCCGAGAUUGCGCGAUCGCAUUAGUUGCUUGAUUUGUAGCGCAAUUUGAGCUUAGUGAUCACCAAUGAUACUGUUGAUUUUACUCAUCAUAUAAGGUUUUAGUUUGGACAACAGCCUAAUAUCGAAACAAAUUAUUCCAAAUUUAUGUCCAGCCCAUCGGGUCCUUUUUUUAGUGACUGUUCACUCAAAACAUAUUUUGUUGCACCUUGCUAAUAUUAUUAUUAUAUUGUUAUAUUUACACACCCACUUUAUAAGAUAUAGUGCUUACAAAACUGUUGUAGAAAAUUCAACGAGAAUAGAGACAGCAAACGCAAAGUCUAUCAAUCAUUUUGCUUACUAUUUAGUAAUAGAAUUGUAUAUGAUAAAGUUAAUGCGAUGCUAAAUAAAUAGUAACUAUUAAA